GUCGGCAGCAUGAGUAACGAUCAGACAGAUACAAUUGAGUUAGAGUCCGGUUCACGGAUUCAAGUGGCUUCGGCCAUGGAUAGUGGCGAUGAGGGCCACUUAUCCCCCACCACGCAUUCCCAUUCCAACAGCGUGUAUGAGACAAGGUACCAAAAGUCUCUUCGCCAUUACCUUACGCGCGAAGCCCUACCUAAGGAGUCCCAUUACAGGAACCUCAACUCGAUCGUUGAUGGUGGAAACGUCCGUCCCACACUAGAUGACCUGCACAACAACACCUUCAGAGAGCAACAGCAAAGUACUGGUGCCGACCCAGAAGCACAAGCAACCAACCUUCGUGGCAAAGUUAUCAAGUUUGGAUGGAUCGAAGGAGUACUGAUGAGAUGUCUCCUCAACAUUUGGGGUGUGAUGCUUUUCUUGAGAGUCAGCUGGAUGGUUGGCCAAGCUGGACUUGUGUAUUCCAUCUUAGUUGUUGUUAUGGCAAAUGUUGUCACAUUGGUUACUACUCUCUCCAUGUCAGCAGUUGCUACAAAUGGUCGCAUAAAAGGAGGUGGUGUUUACUACAUGAUCUCUCGUUCACUUGGCCCGGAGUUUGGAGGCUCCAUUGGACUUAUGUUCACCCUGGCUAAUUCCAUUGCUGCUGCUACAUACAUUAUUGGUUUCUGUGAUUCCUUGAAGGAUUUGCUGAAGUACUACUUCAACAAUGCUCAAGUUUUGGAUGGAGGUCUCAAUGACACUCGUAUUGUGGGCACCAUCACACUUGUAGCAGUAUUGGCCUUGGCUAUUGUUGGCAUGGACUGGGUGACUAGAGUCCAAAUGGCUCUACUGUUCCUGCUCAUUGGAUCUCAGAUUGAUUUUGUUAUUGGCUUCUUCAUGGGUCCGCUGGAUGAUUUGGAACGUUCCCAGGGAUUUGUUGGCAUGAAGUCCGAAGUGUUUUCUCAAAACGUUGCUGCAGACUUUAGGAAGUUUGAUGGAGAGCAAUAUGGAUUUUUCGGUGUUUUUGGUGUCUUCUUCCCAGCUGUCACAGGCAUUGUUGCUGGAGCUAACCUUUCUGGUGAUCUGAAGGAUCCAGGCUCUGCAAUUCCUAAGGGCACUCUACUUGCUAUUGGAAUUACAUUCGUAACUUAUAUUGUGUAUCCAUUUAUGCUUGCUGGAUCAGUGACCCGUGAUGCUUCAGGUAAUUGUGCUGUUUAUAUUUCCUACAAAGAAAACAUCAACAACUUGAACACCACGGACCUCUUAGACAACCCAGUGUUCACAAAUGUAUCGUGCUCUAAAACUGGAGAGGGUGAUGUUUGUGAAUUUGGCUUAGAAAACAGCUUCCAGGUCAUGGAGUUGGUGUCUGCCUGGGGUCCCCUUAUCUAUGCUGGUUGUUUUGCUGCCACCCUCUCUUCUGCCAUCGCUUCCUUGGUAGGCGCACCACGUGUUCUGCAGGCUUUGGCUAAGGAUAAGCUUUACCCUGGCAUCUACAGCUUCUCCAGGGGUUACGGAGCCAAUAAUGACCCAGUCCGAGGAUACAUCUUGGUGUUUGUGAUUUCCUUCAUCUGUAUCAUGAUCGGUGACUUGAAUCUUGUCUCAACACUUCUGAGUAACUUCUUCUUGGCAGCUUACAGUCUCAUCAACUUUUCUUGCUUCCAUGCAUCACUUAUUAAGUCUCCUGGCUGGCGUCCUUCAUUUAAGUAUUAUAACUCUUGGGUGAGUCUUGUUGGUGGCAUCCUUUGUUUGAUGGUCAUGUUUUUGAUUGAUGUGGUUACUGCUUUCAUCACCUUUUGUCAUCAUCGCCUGUACCUCUUCGUGGCCUCCCGUAAACCUGAUGUCAACUGGGGCUUUACUCAAGCACAGACAUAUGUAUCAGCUCUGAAAUCCACUGACUUGAUCACUGUCGAAGAGCAUGUCAAGAAACUACCGUCCUCAGUUUUCUUGUUCUCUCGGGAAAGCUCCGGCACAAGGCCUCCACUCUUGGACUUUGCCCAUACUAUUACAAAGAAUAUUUUCUCUUCUUGUGGACAUGUUAUUCAGGGCCCACAGACACAAAGAGUGCGUAAUUCUUUAACCAGGCGAGCUUACAACUGGCUGACCCGUCAUAAGAUUCAGUUCUACUCAUUGUCGAAGCUAAUAACCUUGAGGAAGGGGUCCAGGAACUUUUUCCAGCUUGUUGGUUUGGGAAAAUUUCGUCCAAAUAUUGUUCUUCUUGGAUACAAAUCAAAUUGGGCUAAAUGCGCCCGUUUAGAGCUCAGAUCUUACUUCAAUACCCUACAUGAAGCACUGGAUAUGUACUUUGGAGUGGCUAUCCUUAGAGUACCACAAGGACUGGAUUAUUCUCAAGUUGUCGAGGAUGAAGAUACACCUGUUGUUAUGAAUGGCAAUGAAACCACUGGAGCAGCAGUUGCAGAGGAGAUUAAACGUAAUCAGUCUGCUGGUCAAUUGUCUCAAG